AUGGCACGAACGAAGAUUAACGCACUGGGCGUCAACGAGAAUGAGAUAAAAAUGGGAGAAAAAAGAUCAUUGGAUUCCUCAAUCACUACGCAAUCUACCAAACGACCAAAGUUGCAAGAACGUACCGAUUAUUCUCGAUGGCGUUUACUCGACGAAAGAGGUAGGCAAACCUGGCAUUACCUUGAGAAUGACGAAGAUGCUGCCGAAUGGUCUCAAACAACUGCAGACAAGUAUUUUUUGGGGCUGCCGACUGAUCUACCCGAUCUUCCUAAAGCGCAAAGUCCUCUAGAUUCCGUCAACAAUUGCCUUGAAUUCUUCCAACACCUUCAACUUCCUCCUGGAAACUGGGCAUGUGAGUAUGGUGGACCAAUGUUUUUGCUUCCUGGCUUGGUUAUCACUUGGACUGUCACCGAAACUCCAAUCCCCGAUCAUAUUGCAACCGAAAUAAAGAAUUACCUUUUUGCACGAGCACAUCCCGAUGACGGAGGAUGGGGAUUACAUAUUGAGGGAGAUAGCAGUGUUUUUGGGACUGCUAUGAAUUAUACGGUUCUCCGGUUAGUUGGGGUCAGCGAAGAGGAUGAACGAAUGGUCAAAGCUAGAGGAACAUUACACAAGCUUGGUGGUGCCAAGAAUGGACCGCAUUGGGCAAAGUUCUGGCUGAGCAUACUUGGUGUAUGUCAAUGGGAUAUUGUCAAUCCUGUGCCACCAGAGUUCUGGUUGUUGCCUGAUUGGGUACCCUUUCAUCCGUGGAGAUGGUGGAUUCAUAUGCGCCAAGUUUAUGCACCAAUGUCAUUCAUCUGGUCUAAGAAGUUCACUUAUAAACCAACACCCAUUGUUGAGCAACUGCGACAGGAAUUGUUCGUAGAACCAUAUACCGCUAUAGAUUGGGCAGGAAACCGAAACAGUAUUCAUCCGAAAGAUAACUAUCACCCAAAAUCAUGGCUUCUGAACACAGCAAACUGGUUUCUUGUUAAUAUCUACAAUCCGUAUCUCCGGACUGAUGCAUUAGCCAAGCAAGCCGAGGACUGGGUGUUCAAGCUAAUUCAAAUGGAAGACAAGAAUACUGAUUUCUCCAAUCUCGGACCGGUCAAUGGACCCAUGAACUUUCUUGCAUGCUAUAUCCAAGAGGGGCCUAAUGCAUACUCCGUGCAAAGGCAUCGAGAAAGGAUGGCUGACUUUAUGUGGGUUAAGGACGAGGGUAUGUUGAUGAAUGGAACGAACGGAGUACAGUGCUGGGACACGGCAUUCUUGAUACAGGCCGUGAUGGAUGCCGGUUUGGCUGAGGAUGCAAGAUGGAGACCAAUGCUGACUAAAGCACUCGAAUUUCUUGAAGAUCAGCAAAUUCGAGAGAAUGUUGACGAUCAGGAGAUUUGCUACCGUCAGCAACGAAAAGGGGCUUGGGGUUUUAGUAAUAAAGAUCAAGGAUAUGCUGUUAGCGAUUGUAUCUCUGAAGCUUUAAAGGCUGUUAUACUUUUACAAAGAACUCCUGAAUAUCCGACUUUGCUGGAAGAUCAACGUAUCUUCGAUGCUAUUGAUACCCUACUCACUUACCAGAACAAAUCUGGUGGCUGCGCAUCAUACGAACCAACUCGGGGCUCAGAGAAAUUGGAAAUGUUGAAUGCGGCAGAGGUAUUUGGUAGGAUUAUGAUCGAAUAUGAUUACCCUGAAUGCACAACUGCUGUGGUCACUGCGUUAUCUCUGUUCACGAAGUACUACCCGGAUUAUCGCGCAUCAGAAAUCAAAGCUUUCAAGGGUCGAGCUAUUGAAUAUAUCCGAAGGGCUCAAUAUGCUGAUGGUAGCUGGUAUGGUAGUUGGGGCAUUUGUUUUACAUACGCAGGAAUGUUCGCUCUCGAGAGUCUUGCAAGUAUUGGAGAAACCUACGAGAACAGUGAGAAUUCCUGCGAGCAAGCAAAAUAUAUUGAACAUCCAUCUGGUUCCCAGGUUGUGCAGACAGCUUGGUCGUGCAUUGCUUUAAUUGAGGCCAACUAUCCAGAUCGUACACCGAUCGAGAAAGGACUGAAGCUGAUCAUGAGUAGACAGCAAGCAAAUGGAGAGUGGUUACAAGAAGCUAUUGAGGGUGUAUUCAACAAAAGUUGCAUGAUCUCAUACCCUAACUACAAGUUCAUCUUUCCUAUGAAAGCUUUGGGAAUGUUCGCCAAGAAAUAUGGUGAUGUUAAGCUUCUCUAA